AUGUCAUUAGGACUAGCCAUGCUGUUCUGCCCGACUUGUGCGAACGUGGUGACGAUUGAAAAAGGCGAUGGACCCUACCGCGUGUACUGUUCCAGUUGCCCAUAUGUUCGUGAACUGCGGAAAAAGAUUUCAACGCGUGUAUACCCAAAAUUGAAAGAAGUUGAUGAUGUUCUUGGUGGUGCCGCAGCUUGGGAAAACGUCGAUUCGACGGAGGAACGGUGUCCGCAGUGUAGUCAUGACAGAGCCUUUUUUAUGCAAAUUCAAACCCGUUCGGCGGAUGAACCGAUGACGACUUUCUACAAAUGUUGUAACCACGCGUGUGGUCAUCGGUGGAGAGACUGA